CUCUCAAAUACCGACGAGGAUGGAGAGGUCACAUGGUUCAACUUCAGCACACCGACUGGGUUAUUAGAGAGAGAGGGGGCAGAUGGUGAGAAUCGAGCGAACGUUAUAACGCCGGGAUCCCGUGUAAAGCGCCAGAGUCUCACCUUGGCCAACCGCAGAGAGCAGGACGCGUUAGAGGCUUUCUGAGUGCUGACUGGUCCCUGGUAACAGUGGCAGCAUGAGUUGGAGCUUUCUAACACGCUUGUUAGACGAGAUCUCUGACCAUUCCACCUUUGUGGGGAAGAUCUGGCUCACGCUCCUAAUCAUCUUCCGGAUUGUUCUGACGGUGGUGGGUGGCGAAACCAUCUACCACGAUGAGCAGAGUAAAUUCGUAUGUAACACUGCGCAGCCUGGGUGUGAGAACGUGUGCUACGAUGCCUUCGCACCACUCUCCCACGUUCGAUUCUGGGUCUUCCAAAUCAUCAUGAUCACCACACCCUCCAUCAUGUAUCUAGGCUUUGCCAUGCACAAGAUCGCUCGCAUGAAUGAUGAUGACUACCUGCCCCGGAAGCGCAGAAGGACUCCCUUGGUGCACCGCGGUGCCAACCGUGACUACGAAGAGGCAGAUGAAAUGGGUGAGGAGGUGCCCAUGAUUACAGAGGAGAUCGAGCCACCUGAGAAGGACAAGAAGGGGUAUCCAACUGCAGUUGUGGAGGGCCAGUGUCACAGUUUGGCAACGGCUGAGUCCUGCAGCACCCCUGUGAAGCAUGACGGGCGGCGACGCAUCCAGAGAGACGGCCUGAUGAAAGUGUAUGUGUUGCAGCUGGUGUCACGUGUUGCCUUUGAAGUGUCAUUCCUCUUCGGACAGUACAUUUUAUAUGGCUUUGAGGUAGCUCCCUCGUACGUCUGCACCCGCAGCCCCUGCCCACACACCGUGGACUGCUUUGUCUCACGGCCCACAGAGAAGACCAUCUUCUUAAUCAUCAUGUACGUGGUCAGCAUGCUCUGCCUGCUGCUGACCGUGCUGGAGAUUCUGCAUCUUGGCGUCGGUGGCCUGAGGGACACAUGCCGCGAGCAAGCCGCCCAGAGGCGCUCCUUGGCUGGUCCUCCCCGCACCACUGCCCUGUGCCAUCGGCUGGCCAGUGCCCCUCCGGGCUACCACACUGCCCUGAAGAAGGACACCGCAAGCAGGCUGAAGGGAGAGUUCCGUGACUUGGGUGACUCGGGACGUGAGUCACUGGGCGAUGAGGUAGCCAGUCGGGAUCUGGACCGUUUGCGGAGGCACCUGAAGAUAGCGCAGCAGCACCUGGACCAGGCCUACCACAAUGAAGAAGGUGGUGCAUCGCGCAGCAGCAGCCCCGAGUCUAACAGCACAGCGGCGGAGCAGAACCGGCUCAACCUGGCCCAGGAGAAGAAUGUCAGUGCUGCGGAGAAAGGGGUCCAUUCUUGAAGCAAGUACGUUGCUGUUGACUUGCCUCUCCAUCCAUCAAUCUGGCCUUCUAUGGGACAGGAUGCACAUAUCGGAGGGCAGUCACUGACACGAGGGAUACUGAAGAUGCGUGUGUGUGGGUUGUGAAUGCGCAUGUGUUUGUAUGUUUAGCAGAAAAAUGUGCCUUUCGGUGUUAAAGGGAGACUCCGCUACUUCACACUGUCAGGUUUGUGGCUCAUCUGCUCUGCGCAGGGGAUUACUGGCUAAUAUGCUCUGUGCUUUAGCGAAAUGAUCCAAAGACCAUGCAUCAGUCAAGCAAAGAGAAGGUGCUUGAGUUUCAAACUCUUACUCGUUACAUGCCCCUGUCCACUUGACCUCUCCCGUGGACACUGUCAUCUUUAGGGCCAUUCCACCACGCUCAAAUGUGCUGUGUUAGAUGAAGCCCUCAGCUAGGCGGGGAUUAAGUGAACCUGGGUUUUUUUUUUUUUUUUUCUCCCCUCAACCCUGAAACAUGGCACAUAAAGUUGUUUACAAGCCAAAUACUAUACUAAACUAAAAUGCUAGAAAAUGCUUAGUAAUCAAAACCAGGACAUUUGAUUUGCUGAGCAUGGAGUUACAAACUUCUCCAUCUCUUACACCCCGAAUAUGCUAGAGUGCUUGUAGGACGUCAUCACGUUACUCAGCUAGCUUGCUACUUAUCAUGCUAAAUGCUACACCGCUAAAAACAAGAAAAGAAAGGUGGUUCACCACAGUAAUACAUCACAGUUAAACUUACAGACAAAGCAGUUUUUCUCAGAAAUGCAUGUACACUAUGCUUUGCAUGGCAAAGUUUGCUUUACUAGCCAUUUAGCACGCUGAGGGUAACCUAGAAGAGGGCAAGUGCGCCGGAAAACCUGCUCUUUACUGCCCCCUUCUUCCUCCCAUUGUAACGUAGGUGUGAUGAGUCGUGACUCACCUGGCUCUUGAUAUUGCAAUUAGGACUGUACAUUUAAAAUUUACCAUGUCAUAAAUAUGCUGUUGCCACAUUCUUUGCCAUGACAGAGAAGUAGUGAAAUGUCCUUUUAAUGUUGGUUUCCAAGUUACGAUACAGACCUAGAUGCCCUGUUCUGUCAAAAUGAGACUUGUUUCUCAGCACAUUACCACAAGCCAAAAUUGACCAAGUCUUCCACUUCGAGUCAUUCCAAUGUAUGAAAGCUCCAUUAGUGUAAAUACUUAGCAAACAAGGUCUGUGGUCUGUGGUUUGUAGUGUUUGUGUAAGGUUUUGUAAUGUGUGCAUACGUGUAUGAGAGGCAAACUGUUCCUUCCUCUUCUUUGUGGUACUUCACAUCUUCCCAGGUUUGAUGCUGGGUCAGAUCAGUGCCUUAUGAUUUUCCGACAUUGACUGCACAGUAGGCUCCCUGUCACGCUGUCUUUGUAUGUCUUAACAAUGACACUAAUAACAGUGCACAUCUGAAUAAUGUUACUGCCAUAAAUGUACAUUUGACCAGAUUUGGACAGAACUAAAAAAAAAAAAAACCUGGAAAAUGCUUGAAUAAUGUAAAUUAAAAUCUUUCAUGCUGUCUAACUUUUGACUAAAAGGUCUAUUUUACAUUCAUCUGAAUACAUUAAACCAGUUGUUACAUUUUAUUCCGUUAGUAAUAAAGUCUAUACCUAGUAUGGGUUUCGCUGUAGUGCAAGUGGGAGAAGUGUACUUUGAAUGUGUUAAUUUUAUAACUUAAAUGAUUGAAACUAAACAAGAAUAGAAAUGAAUGCAUUUGUGCUGUUUUGAUCGAAUUGUUGCAAAUCAGCUGUGAUUGUUUAACACGUCGUGCCUUAGCGUUUGUCCAUAACCUUCUAAUGUUGUCUUGGAAUGAGCACACUAACAUUUUUCAAACUGUGUCUUCACUUCUGCUUUUCUUUGGAUGGAUCUGCUCUUCAGAACUCUUCAUCAUUAAACUGGAUUCAGUAAGAGUACUGCAUCGGAAAGGUUCGGCUGUGUCGUUGUGGCAUCUUUGUCGUUCGUUCUAUGCCAUUGUAGAAAUUAGUUUUUAACUGGAAGAUGUGCAAUCCUUCAUUUUUUUAUUUUUGUUUUUUUUUUUGUUUGUUUGUUUUUGCUUUAUUGGUGACAUGGUACAAACUCAUAAUCAUUUCUGUGCCAAUUACACAGAUUCCUGUGCAUUGAUACAUUUUGUAGUUAUUGUUCUUGUUUACUUGCGUUGAAAAAUAAAAUUGCGUAUUGAAAACCA